CGGGGCGCCGGCGCGCGGCGGGGCAAGAUGGCGGCGGCGGGCUGGUACCGAGCGCUGCUGUGCCGGGCCCUGCUUUACCUCGUGCUGCCGGCCGGCGCGGCCGUGCAGGGGAAGCGGAGCCCAGUGAAGGUGCUGUCGGACGGCAUGUGGCGGGAGCUGCUGCAGGGCGAGUGGAUGGUGGAGUUCUAUGCGCCUUGGUGCCCUGCCUGCCGGAACCUACAGCCCGAGUGGGAGAAGUUUGCCGAGUGGAGCGACGACCUGGAAGUGAACGUUGCCAAAGUGGAUGUCACGGAGCAGCCGGGAUUAAGCGGACGAUUUGUUAUAACAGCUCUUCCGACCAUCUAUCACUGUAAAGAUGGAGAGUUCAGGAGAUACCAGGGUGCAAGAACUACAACUGAUUUCAUAAAUUUCAUCAAUGACCAGGAGUGGAAAUCUAUUGAACCCGUUUCGUCGUGGUUUGGUCCUUCCUCUUUCCUGAUGAGCAGCAUGUCAGCUUUCUUUCAGUUGUCCAUGUGGAUCAGGCACUGCCAUGGUUAUUUAACAGAAAACAUGGGGAUGCCAGUCUGGGGCUCAUAUGCUGUUUUUGCGUUGGCAACUCUAUUCUCAGGACUGAUACUGGGACUUGUAAUGGUGUUCCUAGCAGACUGCAUUUGUCCAUCCAAAAGGCACAGACCGCCGCAGUACCCUCAUUCGAGAAAACUAGCUCCAGAGUCAGCUCAGCUGCUGAAAAAGCUGGAUGAAGAGCAAGAAGCAGAUGAGGAAGAUACCUCAGUUGAUGAAACAGAGGGCAGAGAGGCGUCCGAGAGAAACUCGUCGCCUAGUGCUGUGCGGCAGCGCCCAGUGAACCCUGCUGCUGCAGUGGAGAAGUCUUAGUUUAGUUGUUUGGGUUUAACUUUUUCAUCUGAGUGUUCCUGUUGUUUUGAAAUAUUAAACCUGGAGUAUGAAUGGAGACCACUGUGUGCUCUGAAUGCCCUUCCAGUGGUGGUCUAGUGGGAUUGCCUUAAAUGCUCUGAAGUUUAGCUCUUAGCCAUUGUCACUAGUCAAAUAAAGCAAUAAAUCUGUGCUGUAGUGAGGAGAA